CAAAGUCACCAGGGAUGGAGGGCUUCACAAGCCUUUUUCGCCGUGAAAAUGAGCGAGAGAUUCAACCUUAUUUUGAAAGCUUUAAAGCCACAGCAGUCAUGUCUCUACCGUUGGUUUUGGCACCCCAACCGCCGUCUUCAUCAUUCAUGGCCAUCCCUUCAACACUCCAUCGUCCAGCUACUGUCCUCAACUAAACAACACCAUGGUUUAUUCCUGGGCACUUAUUGCUUGUGCACUCUGGUCUAUGAUUGCAGCUUCGCCAAUUAGUUCCGACGCGGCGACCUUGCUUGCCCCAAGAUCCGGUUCUGCUAAGACCGGUAAAUGCUCACCGGGUUGCGUCAAACGAAAUUUUGUUUUCACAGGUCUGCCCUGGAAUCAUCCUGCUAUCGCAGCAAGUGGAUUCACUCCCAAACAGGUGGAGGCCGGCAUUCGGGCAGACAUGGCAGCAAUUAUAAAGGCUGGCUAUAACAUCAAGGCUGUUCUUCUUGGCCCUGAAGAUGGCUUGGACUUCCUCUCAGAAGAGUUGAAGGGUGUAGACUGGACCGGAACAGGUGUUGGUUUCGGCGUUCGGGGGAAUCCGACGCCAGUGAUCACACGCCGUCUCAUGGACGCUGUGCAACUUUAUCGGGAUGAAGUGCCCCAGGCUAGGAUCUUGUUCAAUUAUUCGCCAGUCACGUCCCUCUGGGCAAUUCAACAAUACUAUCCUCUCUCUGCAGAAUGCUCAAACACCAACGGAACUGAUCUGGUAGGUUCAUGA